AUGAGAGUGCCUGCUAGCAACAUCUCGGAACAAGAAUUCGAGGCCUUGCCUCCAACCCUACAACGCAAAUACUUUUCAAGCCUGGAACGGUUACGAUUAGCGCAGGAUGGCGCAUUCUCCCCACCGCUACGACCAUCUACCUCGUCGUCUCGGAAAGAUCGAACGAUACUGCGCGCUGGUCUGGACCAAAAAAGACCACCCCUUCCUCUCCAGGAGAAACUCUCCUACCUCACGCGGCCGUCAUCCCGAAGACGCCUACGCAAAUCCAAGUCUACCAACACGCAGUAUUUGGCAUCUCAGAUCGACGCAAUAUGGUUCUCCUCACUUCCGCAGAAGAUACAACAGCGCCAGUUCACCCGCGAAGAGCAGGUCUUCCUGGCUGGAAAUCGUGACGUCGUGAUCCUGGACGGUUCCGACGAGGCAUUGUACAGGUUGGGACGUCAGCCUAACAACUCAUUGGGAAGUCUGCGCACGGAUGCCACAUUCCACAGCCGACAGAAGAAUCACAUAACAAACGCUGAGCCAGUUGAUGAUUCUACCGUCGACAUGGACGAUAAUAUCUAUGAUAGUUUUCGGUGGUUGGAGGAGGAGGACGACCUUGAUCUUACGCUAGACAAUUAUCACAAUGCCAUCGUUAAGACCACUCACAACCCAUUGACCGGAGAUCGACGCGUACCUUCUCUUCGUCGCACCCUUUCUCUUACCUCGCUGAGGCCCCGCCGGAAUUCUCUGUCCAUCAAGCCACCGCUAUCAAGCCAUUCGACCAUCGCACCGCUAGGUUCUGGCUGGGGAGCUCGACCAUUGUCAUCUAUCCCUACCCCUCUUCAGCAGCCACAGUCAUCUAUCCCUGCCCCUCUUCAGCAGCCACAGUCUUCUGUCUCCUCCAUCAAACCUUCGGCCCAAUAUUACCAAGACCCGGAAGCUCGUCUCAAGCUGCGGCUCUACCUUGCUUCGCCCCAGAACUUUGAUGAGGCACUUGAGUUUGGUUUCCCUUCCUUGGAAAGCACAACGUCUGUGCAGCCACCUGUGCAGCCACCUGUGCAGCCACCUGUGCAGCCAUCUAUCCCCACCGAUGACUGCAGGAGAACCGAGGAAGCCGAGCACAGUUUUCUGGAUGAUGCGGCAUCAUCAUCGCCACUAGAAGAGGAGGAUGAUAGAGAUGAUGACAUGUCCUUGACUGAUAUGGAUAGCCCACAAACCCCUCAGGAUACUGUUUUCCAACCUUCACGCCCAUCGCAGAAGAAUAGCUUGGACAGAAACGGUCCGUGGCGCCCGCACAUCCUUCACAGCUCGCCUGAACUAUAUGCACAAGGUCCCCCCUGCGGACGUGAAAUGACGCUACACAUGACCUUGACCCGGCCAGAUCUACGGACAGAAACGGAUCUCAGGCAGAUGCCAGCCUACAGCAAUAGUCCUCUUAGAUCAGGUAGUCUUUCUCUUUCAAAAGAAAGGCAUCCUAUUCAGAAUCCCGUGCCAGAGGACCGGUCUAAGAUGAAGAAAUUGUGGAAGAAAUUGACCAGCCGAUGA